AGGAAAGAAUAAACAGUUGACAUUGUCCAUUCGUGUAUUGUUUUAAUAAUUUCUUGUAUUGUUUUCUGUCUCAUUAGAUUAAACAUCUGUACCUUAAAUGGAGUUGCAGUUUCAAAAUAUUCAACAUCUUGAUUCAUAAUGUUUAAUUGGAUAAUUAUUCGAUUUUGAAUAUUUGAGAAAUAAUCUAUCUUUCAAUUUCUCCAAUCUGAGUUUUGGUUGAAUGCUCACAUUUUAAGUUGACAGUAAAACCUUUAUGGUAGAUUCAAGGAUUUCAAACAGGUGUUUUGAUUAAGACCUUUGGAAGUGCAUUUAUGGCUCAUUUUUUUAUUGGGUUUAAGUGAAAGUGUCUGAAAUGUAUGAUUUUUCAAAUUUGAAAUAUACCAUAAAUAUUUAGGAUAUGGCAUCGACUAAUAAAAGAUCAUGGAAACUCCAGGACUUCACUGCUCACAAUGCAAAUGUCAACUGCGUCUCGUUGGGCCACAAGUCUGGAAGAGUUUUAGUAACAGGAGGUGAUGAUAAAAAAGUCAACUUAUGGGCAGUUGGAAAAAGCACAUGUUUUAUGAGCCUCAGCGGCCAUAUAACUCCCAUAGAAUGUGUACAGUUCAAUCACCUAGAAGAACAAGUGUGUGCUGGAUCAACAGCGGGUGUUCUGAAGGUUUGGGAUCUGGAAGCUGCAAAACUCCUCAGGACCUUGAACGGACACAAAUAUGCAAUCAAAUCGAUAGAUUUCCAUCCGUACAGUGAUUAUUUAGCGUCAGGUAGUGCAGAUAGUACGAUUAAAAUGUGGGACAGCAGGAAAAAAGGGUGUAUAUUGAGCUAUAGUGAACACAAAUCUACCGUGAACAGCUUGAAGUUCAGUCCUGACGGCAACUGGAUUGCUUCGGGUGGUGACGACGCCUCCGUUAAAAUUUGGGACCUAAGGGUCGGUCGAGUACUUAAGGAGUUCAACCAGCAUGUGGCUCCGGUUACGUGUGUUCAGUUUCAUCCUAACGAGUUUUUGUUGGCUUCUGGCAGCAAAGAUAAGUCGAUACAGUUUUUCGAUCUGGAGAAUUUCAGCGUGGUUUCGAGUGAAUCAGACGCGGGUUCGGUUAGGUGUUUAUGGUUUCAUCCGGACGGUGAGUGUUUGUUCACGGGACAAACGGACUACAUGAAGGUGUUUUCUUGGGAACCGAGCCAGGUUCACGACACCCUGUUCGUGAACUGGGGUCGCAUCAGUGACUUGUCUUCUGCUCAAAAUCAGUUGAUCGGAGCAUCUUUUCAUUCGACCGACGUCCAGAUAUACGUAGUUGAUCUCUUGAAAGUGAAACCGUUGGCCAAGACCAUAGAGGCAGUGUCUCCCUUCACGUCCAACACCAGCGGCCGUAGGAGCUUCUCCAAGGCCGAGAGACCGCUAACCUUAAAAUCCAAAUCGCUGUCGAAGACUAUAGAAGAGAGCACCUCGGGGACGGACCCGGAAGAAGACACGUCUGCCAACAUCACGAAUGUGCACGAUUACGAGGAGAUCUUCAAGGGAAGAUCACUUGUCCGAACGCCUCCACCUAUAGAAUCGCCUUCGUCUUUGCAUUUGCAUCCAGAAAACGACUACUCAGAUCCGACUCAACCUCAAAAACUGAUAAUGGUCGACAGCUUCGAAGCCCUAUCCUUGGACAACACCAUCAACAACUACCGCAACAUCCACACGUCGCCGUCUCAGUAUUCCAGAUCCAAAUCGAAUCUCGAACAAAUCUACGACAAUAACAAAGUGGCCAAAGUGCAGGAAGAACGCGAGAACUUCCUGCCCAUCAUAAAGAAGCCGACGCAAGUCCCGAAGAAGAAGCUCGUGCUGAACAGACAGACCAGCUGUCAGGACGAGAAGGUGGCCCCCAAGAACAACUUCAACAUAAGGCAGAGCCUGUCCGACGCCAACCUGACCAAGAGCCACAAUCAGAUCCCUUCGAGGAACAUAACCAGGCGAAAUUCGUUCACCAAAAGUCGAAACUCGUUGGUUCCCAGCAACAAUAGCGGCAGGACAAUGCCUGUAGAUAAUAAAGCUGAUAAUGUAGUUAGUCACAGCACGGCUGAUAUUUAUAUUUCAUCGAAAUUGUCUCCCGAGGAGCCAGUGAAACGAAACGAAAUCGUGUCUGCAGCGCUGGAUAAGCCUGUCGGCUUGAAUAUAGAUGAUUUUCUUCCUAAAAAUCAUACGAUGUACAGUUACUCGAACCAAACGAUGACCGGAGCAGAACUCCUGGGAGUUAUUGCGAAGGGACACGAACCCUUGACAUCUGUGAUAGCCAGUAGGCAAAGAAGUUUGUAUUUAUCUUUGAACGAAUUCCUGAGUAAAGACAUAAAAGCAGCGUUAGAAAUGGCAGUCGCCAUGGGUGACCUACACGUAUUAGUCGAUAUCUUGGGAGUUCUAAAUGACAGAUAUUCAAUAUGGAGUUUGGAUGUUUGCGUCUGUGUUCUGCCGAAAGUGGAAGAACUCUUGCUGAGCAAAUAUGAACCGUACAUCAUAACAGGCCUAAACACUUUGAAAUUGAUCUUGAGGCAUUUCGGCCCAGUCAUCAAGAGCAACGUGCAAGCACCCACCGGAAGUUUCGGUGUAGAUAUACCACGCGAGGAGCGAUACAGAAAAUCGAUCAAGUGCCACGAGGUGUUGCUCAGCCUGCGAUCGCUCAUCGCCAAGAAACAAAGCGCCCCCGGAAACGUAGGAACGUCCUUCAAAGAGGUCAACUCGCUCAUGCAGAUAAUGUUCGAUUGACGACCGGCCAACGUAGGGAGCUCGAGCAGUUGACAUAAGAGGAAAACUCUUGAUGACAUAUCAAAAUUCCUGAUUAAGAUAUGAUCUUAACUCCAUCGAACCUCCAGACAGUGAUGUCGUUGCUUGAAGAAAGGUCUCUAUUUUUGGUAAAGAUCAAAUUAUCUUUAUGAAAGAAUGAGUGUUACAUCGGAUAAAUCGGAAAAUUGGAAAAUUGGAUUUGUAUUGUUCAUCUUUUUUCGAUAUUUUUGAAAAACAAGGCUGUGCACCCGAUUCUGUUGAACGAUUCAAGUAAAAGUCUAUUACGUUGAACGUUGCUUCAAAAGUGGGUCUCCUAAACAAUAAUCCAAUUUUACUUUGAUGAUGAUUUUUUUCAUUUUAAUCCUAAUUUAACCAAGGUUCCUUCACAUUCGAUAUAAUGUUUUGAAUUAAUUGCCGAUAACUUCGAGAAGCUUUUUGACUCAUCUGAAUCGACUGUCGAUUUGAUUUUAUUCAAAACUUGGAGAUACAGGGUAAUAGGUUGAUUUCUACACAUGUUCAAACCUCAGAUUCUCUUCAGUUUUCGAAGGUAUGAAUUUAUUUAAGAAGAUAUACGGCCCACGAACAAAUAGCUUCCCUUUUGUUAUGAAAUAUGUUGAAUUUAGUUGGGAAUUUUUAUCAAUUAUAUAUUUCAAUCCUUUCCUAUUGAAAAUUUUCUACAGUGAUUGUUAUGGACAAUUAUGGUUUUUUGGAAAGAAACUUGCUAAAAAUUACAUAAAUUCUCUUGAUUGUUAAAGCUGAAUAUUUAAAAUGUUGCCUUUUUUUGGACUUGGACGUUUCCACACGAAAAAUACUCAAAUUCAUCUUUUAUGCUUUAGUUCCAAACCCUUGCAUUCAAUUUGCAAUUUUUUAUCAUUAAAGAAGGUGCAAUUUUGGAAAAAUUACAAUAAUUUGCUGUAAAAUAACAAAAUAUCUGAGGCAUUUCAAAAUUGUAUAAACUGGCUGUAGGAUUAUAUAUUUUUGAAGAAUUGUGAAUUGUUAAAUUAUGAAAUAGAAGUUAUGUAAAAAAUUUUAAAUUAUAUUAUUAUUCUCAUUUCAAAGAAAAAUAUUCCGAAAAAGUUUAGCAAGAAGACUGAUUAAUCUUAUAGAAAAAACACAAUAUCUCACCCUCCGAAGGAAAAUCUCAACAUAGAGCUUAUUGCGGCAAUAAAUGCAUGUUUAUAUUUUGAUUUUAUAAUGCUUAUGCUUAUGUGUAUACUAAAAAGGGACCUUGAAAAGUAAUUAUAUGAAUUUUUAGGAAUUGUAAAUAAGAAUGUACAAAUUAAUUAUUUAAAACUUAUAAGAAAUUUUUUAUAGAUGAGUUAUUUCAAUUCCGUCCUUGAUUUUGACUGUUACAAAAGAUUGUAUUUCAAUGAUACCACCCCCGGAUGGUUUUGGCUAUUCGGAAAACUACGCAUAUUUCUUUCGAUUGCGUUUUUUUAGUGGUUCAUGAUUUUAAGCUGAUUUUUGUGGAAGACCUUGUGCAGUUUGUUUAAAGGUGGGAACAAACUCAUUCGAAAUAAUGACAUUAUCAAUGAUCCGCCUUUGAUGUAGGAACACUUAACUAGUUCGCUAAUAUAAGAAAAAAAUUUAUUAGGCCGAAACUUUUUGACAAAAAUCUAUUAAGCCUAAGUGGUGAUAUCUCUGAAAAGCUGCACAUGCUGUAUUGGCAAAUCUUCAACGAUGAAGGAUUAUACAGCAUUGCGCUUCCAAUUAGUGUAAGAAAAUCUUUAUAAUCUGUUCAUUCGCGUUUUUUGAAUUUCUUCACGUUUUACAUUAAUGAGGAAUUCCCUUUUUUAACUAAAAUUUAAAUGAACACAAUAGUUUAUUUUGACAAAAAAAGUUCCAGUAUGUGCUUUUAUAUUUUUAAAUUUGACCAACAAAAUAAAACCUCUCCUAGAUACUCAUCAACAAAAAAUUAAAUCUCAACAAAAUGAAACUUGUUUAUAUAAAAAGGUUACAGCUCAAAAAUUCAGCACCACCAAAAAUAAUUUAUAAUGUGAAGGAAUUUUAAAUUCGAGUAUUUAUUCUGUUACUUAAAAUUCUCAUAUUCUUUGAGGAUUAACUUGUGUUCAUUCUUGUUCGAUUAACGAGAAAUCAAUUACAAUAUAUCGAGGUGGUUUUUAAUAUUUACUAAGGUUAUUUAAUUGAGAAAUUAAUUGAUGCACUAUACUAUCAAUAUUUUAGGAAUGUCCAGAGGUAGGUUCCCCUUAAUAUUUUAUAUUUACCACUUUUGAAAUAUGAAGUCCCGCAUCAUAUUUCUGGAAAUAUUUGUAUAAAAUCGUUUUUAUAGUUUAAAAAAUUAAUCAUCAAUAUUUACGAAUUAAGGUAAUGUGAUUGUUACUAAAUCCUGACUAGCAUUUGCUCAGAGUAUUUUUUUAUUUGAUAAAAUCGAACUGAUGAUUCAAAACCAAUAAAUAUUCAAGAAAAAAAAACAUUCUGGAAAAAUUUGGCCCUUGAUAAUAAUUGAUCAGAGUGAUUUCUCUAAUAGAAAUGUUCGCGUUUCAUUUUGAUAAUUUUUUUUCAUUACAGAAAUUCUAUCAAUAAUAUUUUUUUUUUAUUUAAAUCAAAUUUGAAGAACUAAAAUUCAGUAAGUGCCAUAAAAGGAUGUUUAUUUAAAAAUGAACACGAUCAUUUAUUAUUGUUCAUUGAUAUGAUUUGAUUGGUCCAUUGAACAUGUUGAGAACAUGCUUAAUUCAUCCAAUAUUUUAGGAAUUUUUUAUUUUAUUCAGUGCUAAUUCCCUAAUUCAUUAUUUAAUGUGUGCAGUUAUGUCAACUAAUGUAAUUUCUUGCCUUACGUUCAUAGUCGUGCCAUUCAUUUUUUCAUAUGGAGAUUCACUCAAAUUAUGAGCAGCAGGUCAUUUUUAUUUAUUGAAUUUUUAUCAUGUAUCAAAUUUGUAAUAUAUUAUUGUAAUAAUAUUUAUAAUAAAAAUAAAUAACAAAAUAAA